AUGUUGCUUGCAACAACAAUUGUCCUCGCCAUCAUUUACUAUAUCCAUGGGCUCCUCGUUGAACUCCGCCGCCAAAAACGACUUCCUCCAGGGCCCAUGCCCUUGCCGCUGAUUGGAAACCUCCAUCAACAUCGCACGACCGAGCCAUGGGUUCAAUACCAAGAAUGGCACAAGAAGCUAGGACCGAUCAUUAAACUCGAAAUGGGCCAGCGCACUGUCAUCGUCCUAGGCAACCAUGAAACCGUCAACGAACUUUUGAACAGAAGGGGGAAAGUCUACUGCUCUCCACCAAGGUUCGCCUUCUGCGGGGACUGCAUGAGCAAAAGCACUUUUCCUAUAUUUCUACCCUACUCUACAAGACGACGGGAGAUACACAGGCUAUUAGUUACGACCCUCGCUCCUUCAGCCUGUAAAGCGUAUGCAGAUGUGCAGGAACGGGAAAGUCUGCGUCUUGCGUUCAGACUACUGGUUUCCGACGCGAAUAUUAAGAAUAUUUGGGCAUAUUCUGUUGGAGUAUCCACAACGUUAACGAGUGGCCAGCAAAUGACCCCGGAUGAGGAGGAAGAGAUUGGGGACUUUCAACAGGCGUUCAAAGGCAUCAAGGGGACUCUCUCGAAGGAAAAUCUAUUCCUUGAACUCUACCCUUUUUUGAAUAUCCUUCCGCGUCCUAUUAACCGCUGGAAAAAGACCGGUGAGGCACACCGUCAACACCUCAUCAGCCUGUGGACACGCCGUGUUGAACGUGGCUUGAAGAAUAGCAACUGGAACUGGACCCGGAUUCUGCAUGACAACAAACCCCAGGACAUGUCCAGAGAUGAGUUUCUGUUUCUUGUUGCGGAGCUGGAGAUUGCAGCAGUUAGCUCAACCGCUUUGCUAAUCAUGAUGUUCACUGCUACCGCGCUAAAGAAUCCGGCAGCUACCCAACGGGUAAGAGAGGAAAUUGAUGCGGUUAUCGGAGCUGAGAGGCUUCCGACCUUCAAUGACCAGGAGCGCCUCCCACUUCUCAAUGCUUAUAUAAAAGAGAUAUUCCGGUGGAAAUCAUUCGCACCUCUUUCAAUGCCGUUCACUGGAUUGGAGGAUAGCGACUACAUGGGAUACCAUAUCCCAUCUGACGCAUUGGUUAUUGCCAACCUGUGGGCAUUAAACAUGGACCCUGAAGUAUAUACUGAUCCAGAGAGCUUCAGGCCAGAGAGAUGGCUAGAAAACCCCGAGCUUCCAGACCCUCCUGUCUUCGGUUUCGGCCGUCGAGUCUGCCCCGGAGAGUUAUUCGGCAAAAAUUCAUUAUUCAUUGCAUUUGCCCAGAUACUGUGGGCUUUCGAUAUCUUGCCCCCUGAUGAAGGAGCUAGGGGAUUACCACCAUCUCAGUCAAAUACCGCGAUGGCUCUGAUCGCCAAUUGGGAUAUAAACCAUGUGAAAUUUAAGCUUAGAAGCCCAGACCGAGCUCAAGCUAUUGAGGAGAAGCUUCAGAGGCUCCAAGGAAUGGAUAAUGCUUACUUAGACAAGGCCGCUCAUAGUGUACGCUUGCAGUUAGCGAAAACACGGGUCUAG